AACACUUUAAAACAACAACACGGUUUUCCGUCCUUUGGAAAAAAGGGUACAAAGUACUCCACUCCAGAUCUUAUUGAGCGCAUGUCGCAGCCCGCAGCUUUGCGCGGACAAACAGCCGCUGUGCGCCGCGGAGACGCAAAUAAAGGACACCGAGGACAUAAAAAAAAACAAGGCAAAAAGGAAGCCGGCGAUCUGUUCGGGGGCAAAACAUCUCCUGCGCGUGCAUCCAGCGGUGUGUUACGGAGCCGCUCGCGACCCUCCAGCCCGACCCGGAGCCCCCGCCGCCGUGAAGCCGGCGUCUCCCCCCCGCUCUGCGCACCGCUCCGUCCCGCUCCGCAGCGGCCUCCAUUUUAGCUCCUCGCCCGGUCGCUGCCUCACGUGUCCUGGACUGUCUUCCUCACAUGACCCGUGUGUUUGUCCCCGUGAUCAGCGCUUCCAUCUCCGUAAAUCAGUGUCGUUGAAUAUCGGCGGUUUUUUUCCCAUCCACCCGCAGAAGCUUGAUGGAUAUGCUGGAGCAGAGUCUGGACAGCUCGGCGAGUCACGACAAACAGGAAUCAGAAGAGGUUGUGCAGCUGCAAGAAGGGGAGGCGGUGGGGACGGAUGAGCAGACCGCUGUGGCCAUCACCAGCGUCCCGCAGGCUGCGUUCGCUGACCACAAUGUGCAGUACCAGUUCCAAACAGAGAACAGCGGCGGACAGGUGACCUAUCGGGUGGUUCAGGUGACGGACGACCACCUGGAGGCCGACGGCGCCAGAGCCGUCAGCGUCGUCUCCACCGCGGCGUUCGCCGGAGCCCCUCAGGCGGUGGCGCAGGCCGUCAUUCAGAAUCCUUUCAGUAACGGGGGCAGUCCCGGAGGGGAGACCGUGGGCGGAGAAACACGUUUCGCCUAUUUCCCCGCCGCCACGGUCAGCGACGGAACGGCCACGGCCGUGUCCGUGCAGGCCGCCGCCGCCGACCCCACCAUCACGCAGGCAGGAGGUCAGUUCUACGUGAUGAUGAGCCCCCCCGAGGUGCUGCAGACGACCGCCCCGCGCACCAUCGCGCCGCGCGCACACACCUACACAGCAGACCUGGGUGAAAGCGAGAUGUUGCAGCAUGGCAGCACAAACUGGAAGGUGGACGGUCCGCGGGCGCCCAGAGACGAGAGGCGGAGAGCACAGCACAACGAAGUGGAGAGAAGAAGAAGAGACAAGAUUAAUAACUGGAUUGUUACGCUUUCAAAAAUCAUCCCUGAUUGCAGCGUAGACAGCCGAACCGGCGCGAGCAAAGGCGGCAUCCUGUCCAAAGCCUGUGACUACAUCCACGAGCUGCGCCAGAGCAACCAGCGGCUGCAGGAGAGCUACAAGGAGGUGGAGCGAGUGGAGAUGGACAACGAGCUGCUCAGACAACAGAUCGAAGAACUAAAGAACGACAACGCACUGCUUCGAGCACAGCUACAGCAGCACGGCAUAGAAAUUAACGGAGACGCGACGCCGCAGUGAUUGUGGACUUGUGGACAGUCGGACGACGUCGCGAACGCAGCGACGCGCCCUCACACCGCCCGAACAAAACAAACAAACAGAAAAAAAAAUAUGAAGAAUUAUUGAUGAGAGACAAUUUCCAUCCAGAACUGGGUCCCAAUAACAGACUCACACCGAGGGCUUAAGCGGAAAGCUGAAGGACUGAACGCGUCUCCUCGACAUGCAGCAACAGCCGUUCGGAGGCUAAACACUCCGUUAACUCCACCUCCCACUUCUGCUUCAAGGACCCCCCCCACACACACACACACACACACACACACACACACACACACACACUCAGCACCGCCACACCUGCGCCAGACUCUUUUUACUUUAAGUUAUGAUUUUGUUUUAAUAAUUUCACCUCCGUUUUUUUUUUCUUUCUUUUUAAAACAGACCUCCUUCCUGUUUUUUUUGUUGUUGACAUUUGCUGUGUUUGAAACUACUAAAUGUGACAUGAAUGAUAGCUCCGGUUCCUUUUUUAAUUUAUUAGUCUUUAAUGAAUGUGUGCACAAACAUAGGAAAACAAACCGAAAUCUGCUUUUACUCCUCGCCUGGCAGCGACCGCCAUCAGUUUAAUCAUGCCGUUACCAAGGAUGCUUUUACUGCCAUUGGAUUGUACGUGACUGCAAUGUGGGCUGUUGUCAUUUCCUGCCUCUUUUACACUGACACUCCAAGAACCAGACAGAGCCGGAAAACUUUCUACAUGUGCAGUCCAGCAUCAAUAAAUCACAAUUUCCAGUCAAAGCGCAAGCAGCAUUUUUAAUACAUACAGGUGUGGGAGAGUUUUUUUUUUUUUUUUUUUUUUUAGUGCAAGGCCUUAAUGGAAGCCUGCUGGAGAGUCUAGGUGUUAACAUAGCUCAGGUAAUUGGGACGGAGCACUGGCAAAGUGGUUCCCAAACUCAAUGAAGUCCUCAUGUAGAGAGUUUAGAUCGCACUUGCGUCCCCAUUAGGUGAAAUGUACAGAUUUUAAAAACGAUGAUUUUGAAGAUGUGAAUCAUUUCUGUUGGGCAUUAAAACCAUAGUUGUUUGUGUAUCUGCUUCAAAGGUCAGUGGUUGUAACGCUUCGAACGGAGGCUCGGGUUUGAGAUCAGCCUCUGUUUUCGCCCACCGGUCCUGCUGCAUUUUUAUGACCAUGCCAUGAUUUUUAUUUUAUUCAAUUUUUUUUUUUUCCAGUAAUCCCAAAUACUUUGACAAAACUUUGGGAAAUGUCGCUGCUGACUCAUGACCAAAAACCAGCCAUGGUCAGGAAUGUGCCGAGAGGAUGUGAGUGAUGGUCGUUUUAACUAACCAGCUUUUGUCUACACUGAAAGUCACCACAGCAUGGAACUAUAACCACUGGCAUGACUAAUUCUGAUACUACAAUAAAACAGAAGUGUUUAUA